GGCACAAAAAAGUGUAGAAAAACGUCAAGCUAUCUCUCGCAAUAAGAAUAUUACAGAAAUCAAAGCUCUAUUAUCCGAUUUAGACCAAGAACAACUCAAUAACAUUUAUAAAAUAUUAAUGAAAGAACAAGAAAUUUCAUAUGAUGAUGAUGAACUUGAAUCUAUUAAUGAAGAAUGA